UUGCUCGGCGUGCGGCGGGCGCCCGAGUGUUACGGCCACAGCUCGCUGGUCCGUCCUUCCCUUUGACUUUCCGCUGCCCCGGCCUGUCUCCGCAGAGGUCACAGGAGGCGGGGGCCGCGCGCGCGUCCCCAGCGGCAGCGGGAGUGGCAGCUGCGGGCUUGCGGAGCUCCUGAGCCCCAAGGGCGAGAGGAGCGCGUGGCGGACCAAAGAGAGCCGGCGAGCGGCCGCGUGCCCACCAAUAGGUGCGGGGCUCGGAGCCGCCCAGCCCGCGCGGUCCCUCCCUCCGCCCUCCGCUCCUGCCGCCUCCCCCGCCUCCCCUUCCUGCUCCCGCUCCGCCGCGCGUCGGGCACUCGGAGCGCCGCAGCGGCCGCGGCGGGUGCAGCCUGCGCAGAGCCAGGCCCGGAGCCCAGCGGCAGCCGGAGAAGACCCAGCGCGCACGCCGCAGUCGCCGUCCGCAGCCCCCGCGGCAGCUGCUGACCCACCACCAUGGCUCGCGGAAAAGCCAAGGAGGAGGGCAGCUGGAAGAAAUUCAUCUGGAACUCAGAGAAGAAGGAGUUUUUGGGCAGGACCGGCGGCAGUUGGUUUAAGAUCCUCCUGUUCUACGUGAUCUUCUAUGGCUGCCUGGCCGGCAUCUUCAUCGGGACCAUCCAGGUGAUGCUGCUCACCAUCAGCGAGUUCAAGCCCACCUAUCAGGACCGAGUGGCCCCGCCAGGAUUAACACAGAUCCCCCAGAUCCAGAAGACCGAGAUCUCCUUCCGCCCCAGCGACCCCAAGAGCUACGAGGCCUACGUGGUGAACAUCAUCCGCUUCCUGGAUAAGUACAAGGACACGUCCCAGAAGGAUGACAUGAUCUUUGAAGACUGCGGCAGUGUGCCCAGCGAGUUCAAAGACCGAGGGGGCUUCGACAGCGACCCAGGCGAGCGGAAAGUCUGCCGGUUCAGGCUCGAGUGGCUGGGGAACUGCUCCGGGUUGCACGACGAAACGUACGGCUACAAGGACGGCAAACCGUGCAUCUUCAUCAAGCUCAACCGUGUCCUGGGCUUCAAACCGAAGCCUCCCAAGAACGAGUCCCUGGAGAACGGCCUGAUGUGGAAGUACAACCCCUACGUGCUGCCUGUCCAGUGCACCGGCAAGAGAGACGAAGACAAGGACAAGGUCGGCACCGUGGAGUACUUCGGCCUGGGUGGCUACCCGGGCUUCCCGCUGCAGUACUACCCCUACUACGGCAAGCUGCUGCAGCCCAAGUACCUGCAGCCGCUGCUGGCCGUGCAGUUCACCAACCUCACCCAGGACACGGAGGUCCGCAUCGAGUGCAAGGCGCACGGUGACAACAUCGGGUACAGCGAGAAGGACCGCUUCCAGGGACGCUUUGAUGUGAAGAUUGAAAUCAAGAGCUGAUCACAAGCACAGAUCUUCCCCACUAGCCAUUUAAAAAGUUAAAAGAGAUACAAAAACCUACUAGUCUUGAACAAACUGUCAUACGUAUGGGACCUACACUUAAUCUAUACGCUUUACACUAGCUUUCCGCAUUUAAUAGGUUAGAAUGUAAAUUUAAAGUGUAGCAAUAGCAACAAAAUAUUUAUUCUACUGUAAAUGACAAAAGAGAAAUACAAAUUGAGCCUUGGGACGUGCCCGUUUUUACUGUAAAUUAUGAUUCCAUUACUGACUUGUAGUGAGCGGUGUUUCUGGCCCCUAAGUGUUGCUGCCGCGUGUACUUGAUUUCGUGUACAGCCCUGUAGGUGCGCACUCUGGUCAUUUCUCAAGCCAUGUUUUACCAUAUCUGUUUUCUACUUCACGUGAGCAAGGUUUGCUGUCCAAGGUGUACAUACGCAACGGGAAUGACGCUGGCAUGGCACUUUUCGGGGGGAGGGGGGUUGGCUCUUUCAAAGGUAAUGACCCAUCAACGAGCAUUUUUAACACACUCCAUAGUCUUUCCUGUGGUGUUAGGUCUUUUUUUUUUUUUUUUUUUAACCCCCUGGGGCUGGGGGUGGGGGGCUGUCAUGGGGGAACUGCCCUUUGAAUUCUUGGUGACACUGCAGAGAAACACAGAAGGGGGAGGGGUUGUGUUGUGCUUUGUCCUGAACGCUGUCUGGCCACCUCUUCUUACCUUGUCCUCCAGUGCGUCCCGAAGCCGUGGGAGAGCCGGCUCGUCACUGGGGCCAGCGAGCUGCCGAGUCGAUUUGCUUUGUACAUUUCCUUUCUUUUCCUUUCUUCCUUUCUCGGGAGGCAUCACGUGCUGGUGCUGUGUCUUCAUGAAUGUUUUAACCAUUUUCAUGGUGGAAGAAUUUUAUAUUUAUGCAGUUGUACAAUUUUAUUUUUUUCUGCAAGAAAAAGUGUAAUGUAUGAAAUAAACCAAAGUCACUUGUUUGAAAAAUAAA